CACGUGGCCUGUUGGGCCGAGGGCGCGCCGUGAGCGCGCCGCCGACGAGACCGGGAGCGCCCGUGGUCGUGGUGGGCAGACAAACCGGCCCAAAAGGGGUGGCGUAGACCGCGCAACCGGCUAGCGUUGUGCGCGGUUUGCGAGUCUGCGGGCUGGUGUGUGCAGCGUCGCACCAGCAGACGGCGGACAUGAGAUAAUAAAUGGGCGGCCGGGUCGCGCGGGCUCGGCUACGCACAACGAGGAUCGCAGGGCUUAGGUAAGCAGCGAGGCAUGAUCUCAGAGCGGAUUGUGGCAGGACGCCCUGCUGCCGCCGCCUCCUACCAUGGCACGCGGGGGCAUCACUCCCUUUCCUCUUGACCCUCCCCGUCCGUCCACCUCCACACCCAACGCCAGCACCAGCGCAGACCAGCCAGCCAGCCCGACAUCCACCGCACGCCCCCCGUCCUUCUCUCUCCCCCAGCCCGUCCAGCGGCUCCUCGACUUCGGCGUAGGCACCCCAGACCGCGACCGGGACAUGGUCCCGACGCGCUCCAAGAGCCUGGCGACACCCCGCACCCCCGCAGAGCAGCCCCCGCUCCUCACCGUCAAGCUCUCCGGGCCCUCCUUCCUCGACACCAUUAUCCGCGACACUGUCACCAAGGAUCCGCUCUACAUUGUCGAGACUUCGCGCGAGAUGACCCACGUCUAUCGCCUUGACGCGAGCCGCCGCGAGGCAGGCAAGGCCGCGUCGAUCCAAUGGCCCCAGACCGUCUCGCAGUCCAGCAAGGGCAAGGGCCGCUCCGGGAAGAGCAUCCAGAUGAGCAAUGGUAGCUGGAGGGAUGCCGAGGACUUCCUCAAGGUCGGGGCGCUGGGCAAUCUUGCGAGCAGGAAGUUCAGUCUCCCCCACUAUCCCCACACACUCAAGUGGAAGCUUAUCCCGGGCGAUUGCUACGUGUGCGGAACCUCCGGCCUUAAGGGACCAGUCGCUGUGCUGGAUGCGGCGACAUUGUCUGCACCACCACGUCUCCGCAUUUAUCAAACCCUCACCACGCCAGACCUCGCACGAAAUCAGCAGAACCAUGCCGGCAUCCCGUUCCUGCUGUUGGACUACCUCGUUGUCACAUCUCUCCUCCUCACAACCACUACCCAAGAGUGGCUAGACCGCCCCGCGGACGCACACCUUCCGGGUAGCAGCUCGCGCGCAGUCAAGAAAUGGCUCGCCCUUAUCCACCCGGACCGGAUCGACGAGUCGCAGAAAGACAAGGAGAAAGAGAAGGAGCGAGACAAGGAGGAUAGGGAGGGCAGUAGCCCCGGUGGGACGCUGGGCCCGGGGAGCAGCAUCGAUGGCUCGACGCCGGUGACACCGUCGAGCAGCCGAGGAGCGCGGGUCUGGGAGGCCCACAUGUCGUGGUCGUCGGGAAGCGGGUCCGGUGGCAGCGAGACCGUCAUCUCCCCGUCAACGCCGGGGACAUCACUCUCAUCGCAUUCGGCGCACCACCUCCCUCCGCGGUAUUCGGGCUCGCAUCUUAUUGGGAUGCAUAGCAUGGACCAUAGCCAGACGCAGUUCGCGUACGGGCCGGAUAUGAGUAGGAGCUUCCAGGAGUCGAACGUGCAACCCCCGCAACGACGCUUCCAGGUGACGAAUCCCGAGCCAGCGCCAGAUUACGAGUACGACAGUGCGCCGGAGUCGUAUCCCCAGCCUCAGCAACACGUCGCCGCGCCCGCUGCUGGUAUACCUCUGGAUGCGUCUCCACGCCCAUCGACUUCGUCUCAUCCGUAUGCGUACGACUCCGACCCGCGUCCAUCCACAGGGUCAUCUUUGUCCUCCUUGAACGCCACCGCCCCGACUCCCACCGCUGCUAAUCCUGGGCCUGUGCCUACUGGCAGCGUACGACGACCGCCACGACAGUUGCCGCGACCGCCCGUCCUACAAGACCCGUACACGUACCACCAGCAGCAGCAAAAUAGUCUCGGUCUCAGCCAACUGCACGACCGCCAACGAGUAGCGUCCACCCCGCCUUCAUUCAACCCUGGCCUUCCUUUGCAGAUCCCUCCAUACAUGAACUCGCUCGCACAGGGCACCAGUUCCCCCUUCACUCCCGCCCACCCCUCCGCCCGCAGUCUCGCUCGCCGAAGUCUCGGCGGCCGGCCAAUCCCACCGCCACCCCCGCCGCCCUCAGACACGCUCCCGCUGCCGCUCCCGCCGAAGCUGGCUGCGGAGUAUGCGAACACGUCUGGUGCGGGUCCGUCCAACGCGGGCGGCACGCUCGCCGGCCAGAUGCGCGGGAUGGCGAUAUCGCCGCCGCCGCAGCAGCAGCAGGCGUACUACCCGUCGAGCGCGUACGGGUCGCCGCCGCCGGAUACGGGCAGCCAUGUGGAUGCGGGACGGGUGCGCGCGUCGUUUGCGCAUGUGUCGAGGGAGGCGGAGAGGGAGAGCGUGUAUGAGAUGCCGCCGCCUGCGUAUGAUGCGAUCGACUUUGGGCUGAGGCUGCCCGGGCAGGCGCAACGAAGGGGGCAAUAGUCGUGGAUGGCUCCAUGAUUAUGCACCCCGGUCAAUAUGGGCUGGUCGUGGAUGACACGAGACACGAUCCAGCCCAACCCGCUGCCCUGGCUCAGGCGCAGGGAUC